GGAGGAGGUUUGGCCCCGCCCACAGGAAACACAGAGGCCCACCCAGUUUUAAGUUUCAAACAGAGAGAAGAAGGACGGAAAGAAACAGCCUGAAAGUCCCUCUGCUGAAAGCCCCCUUUGCGAUGGCGUCCCUGCUGCUCCUCCUGCUCUCCUUCCUCCUGGGUGUGGCUGAUGUUCAUGGGGAAAACUUCCGGAUCUGUGCCUUCAAUCUUCAUAAUUUUGGGAACUCCAAAGCCAAUAAGGAAGCUGUUAUGACUAUUCUAGCCAAGAUUAUUAGCCGCUGUGACGUGUGUUUGCUGCAGGAGGUCAGAGACAGUAAAGGGACGGCUCUACCAAAGCUGCUUCAGGCUAUAAAAAGGUUUGACACCAAGAACCAGUAUACAUUGUUGGCCAGUGAGAGGCUGGGCAGGUCAGAGUCCUACCAGGAGCAGUACGUGUUCAUCUACAGGAGCAACACUGCGACGGUCAGAGAUCAGUAUCAGUACCCAGAUGAUCUACCAGGAGAUGAAGACGCCUUCUCCAGAGAACCUUUUGUUGUUCGCUUCAGAGCCCCAAAGACAUAUAUAAAGGAGUUUGCCCUCAUCCCUCAACACACCACUCCGUCUAACGCCACCAAGGAGCUGGAUGCUCUCUAUGAUGUUCUGCAGAAAGUAAGAAAGAUCUGGAAAAUCGAGAACGUGAUGCUGCUGGGAGACUUCAAUGCCGACUGCGAUUACCUCCCCAAGAAGAACAGGAAACAUGUCCGCCUGCUGACGGACAGCAGCCUCCAUUGGCUGAUAGCAGACCACAGUGACACCACCGUUCGCCUGAGCACAUCCUGCUCCUAUGACAGGAUCGUUGUUCACGGAGAAACGUUUAACAAAGCGGUUGUUCCUUCUUCAGCCAAACCCUUUAACUUCCAACAGGAGUACAGCCUGACAGAGGAACAGGCGCUGGAUGUGAGCGACCAUUACCCAGUGGAGGUCCUUCUGAAGGUCACUGGUCCCAGUGCCUUUAAUGGGAUCGUCUCCUUCACCAGUUACUGCACAGUGUUUCAUAUUUUCAGCUUUUUAAUCUUUCAUGUCUUAUUAUAGUAUCUAAAGAAUGAAUAAAUAGUCUGAGAUGUUUUUUGUUUUUAAAUCUGAAGGAAUUUCAGGAAAGCUAAACCAAUUCUUCAUUAAACUAAAGCACCUUUUUUAAAACAACUUUUUUACUUAAAAAAAUGAAAGUGAAAAAAAAUAUUAUUUCAUUAUUACAAAGUCACUUUAAAUUCACUAAGAUUGAGUAAAGUAUUUAUCUGAAACAAUCUGCUGAUCAU